GUUCUUUUACAUUUUGGUUGGUGAGUCGAAGACACGUGCAAAAUAUGUCUGCUAACAAAGUUGCCAAGAAAGACGACAAAAAGGCUAAAAAGCCAGUCAAAAAAUUGAAUUACGAUUUGGGAGGCGGUUUGUUGAAGUAUUCCCGUGCUCAACAAUACAAACGCAAGGCUUUGUGGCGUUUUGCUGGCAAAAAACGUCCAGUUGUUUCUGUACCAAAGAAGCCCAUCACCGCCGUCAAGAAAGUCAAUGGUGCGAAAAAUGGUGGUGAACGUGUUGUCAGUUUGUUGAAACCAAAAUCUAACUAUCCAACAAAACCAAGAGUUGCAGCCCGUUCAGCUCGUCAACUUUUCAAGAACCAUAGCCGUAACACUCGCAAAUCAUUGCAUCCAGGUCGCGUCAUUAUUUUGCUUGCCGGAAGACAUAAGGGCAAACGUGUUGUUUUACUUAAGGUCUUGAAAUCAGGCUUGUUGUUGGUUACUGGACCAUACUCAUUGAACCAAUGCCCAUUGCGUCGUAUUUCACAACGUUAUGUCAUCGCUACAUCAACCAGCAUUGACAUCAGCAAGGUUAAGGUUCCAGCUCAUGUUAACGAUGCUUACUUCAAGCGUGAAAAGAAGGAAAAGAACCGUGGUGAAGGUGAUGUCUUCGCUGUAAAGAAGGAACGUUAUGUCCCAACUGAACAAAAGAAGGCCGAUCAAGCUGCCGUCGACAAAGCUGUUCGAUCUGCUUUGGCUCAACACAAAGACAAGAAAGUGUUGUUCAAGUAUAUCCGAAGCUACUUUGCAUUGAGCUCUAGCCAAUGCCCACACCGCUUACGUUUCUAAACAAACGCAAUAGGAAUAUCGCGACAAGGCUUCUUCUAUCUUUAAUGAAAUUUAAAAAAACAUGAAAUUUGUUUUAUAAAGGGUUAUAUUUGAUAAGACACCUUUUAAUAAAAAGUGGAAUCAUUUAUGAUCAAUCAAAAAUAA